CAGACACUCGCAGUCCACCAUCGGCUCACUUCUGCUGCAACCUUCGUUGCGACGACAUAACAUUGUGCUGCUGGAGCUUAGGUACGGAUUCGUUCCGCCUACGGCCAGCUUGCUAAUCCUACGGAGAGCUCUGAACGCUUUGCAUCUCUCUGAGCUGUUGAAUGGCCUCUACGUCAAUGCCCUUUAAUGCAAGUCAAUAAAGAGCGCGACUAGCUAAGCAGAUUCGUCCAGCACAUUCUCAACUAUCCUUCAUCUACCCCGUGUCCUACUACAACGCUAUUAUGGAGUACUUCUCACGAUCAGAUGCGACUGAACAAUUAGAAGUCGAGCCAAGUCAAGACUCGGACGUCGAGACAGCCUCUUCUCAUCAGAAGGCUAAUAUUCUGCGCUGGAAGAUCGUGUGUCUGGUGCUGGCAGUGCUUGUCACUGCGGGCUGGAUCGGCAUCAUCGCGGUGCUGAUCUUGAAAGAGGAGUGGCAGCUUGUCUUAGUGGCCUGGCUACUCCUGUACUCAGCCGUACAUUUCUGCUACUGGUACUGCCGGCGACACAGUUCGCGCACUCUCACCGCGCAGAUCCGUGAUCACCUCACGUCCCGUAAUCCAGGAGCUACAGACUCGUCCCCUGCUGGGGACUGUCCUCCCUCAUACGACGACCUGGUCAAGUGCGAGACGCCUCCCCCCACCUACACCUCGGUGGUGCUCGAGACGCCUCAGCUAAAACGCUCGAUGCUCCAUGGGGCUUCUUCUUUACCUUGGUUCUUGAAACGCAAGCUCCUCAACCUUUCUUCAGUUGCUGCGUCGGAGGGCAAGAGUAGCUCGAAUACUGAGAUUUCCGAGCCCUCGACCAGCGGCAGUGAAGAGAAGGCUGCAGAUACGGUGUCUGUAAGCAGCGUGUCCUCUGUGGCCAUCGCAAUAGAAGACAACGAGGAAGUAACAGCGGCCGUUGAGUUGCCGAGUUACGAGGCACUGAUGAGAGGAGCUGUCUUUACGCCCAUACAUCAGGCGUUGGCUAAACUUCCCAGCCUACCGCCACCAUACUCGCCUCGAGCUCUGCAAACCAUUGCCGAAGUUCAACAGCAACAAAAUGAGUAACUAGUAUCGAAAUCACACAAUUUUAAAUUAUUCUCUCAUUAGGGUUUUAUCUAUUGGAAUCGGUAUCAGGAUCUCAGUACAAGUUUAUUAAUUUUAAGCUCGUACCUUCCAAUUUUACACUAAAGUCAUAAUAAAUUGGUUCCUUGUUCGACCAAUCGUGCCAAUUAAGACGCUUGUGCAACGUUUGAUCUCUCCGAUGGAGGCUGUACCUGUCGCAAUUUAUUACUCAAUAGAACGUGUCUGUGAUAAAUGCUAGUCAACCAUGUUGUUGCUGUUGAAGGUUAUUCUUCGUUGUUAUUAAUUGUAUAAGAUAUUUUAUUAUAAAGUACAUUCAUAAA